AUGGGUGUCAUGUCCAAAGCACGCGGACUAGGCCUGGGCAUCAUGAUCUGGGCUUUGGCCGUGCCAAUCUUCCUCUUCACACUCUUUCCACUCAUCUCCUCGACCUCUAACGGCCUGUCUGGAAUCUACCUACUCACGCACAAGUGGAACGAUGAUGACCAUAGCUGGUUGAGACUGGGCUACUAUGGCCUGUGCAUCGUCCACAGCAAGCACGGCGGUGACCACUGUAUGACCACUACUGGCCGCUCAAGCAAGGAUCUUGUCAAGGGCUUCAACAUCGACACCGAUAACAAGGGAACCUUCAACUACGAUCUCAAGCUGCAACACGACGUCUUCGUCGCCUUCCUUACUGCUGGUGGUGUCAUCUGGUUCAUCUCGCUCGUCUUCAUCUCUCUCGUCAUUCUCAGAGGCUCAUCUGCCGGACGUCUCAUUCGCAGUGCAGCAAAGGUCACCAGUCUUGCAGGCGCCACCUUGAUGAUCGCUAGCGCAUGGGCAACCAACUCGGCAGUCAAGGCGUUGGAAGUCUCGACUAAUGGUUCGGUCCAGGGCGGUACUCUGCUCUACGGACUGCAAUGGGUGGCUGCUAUUCUGGCCUUCGUCUUUGCUUAUGCAGUCAGUUCUGUGGCCGACUCCGAAGGCGGCAGCAAGGCUUACCACCUGGGACGUGUUUGA